CACGGUGGGCCGGGCCGGCCGCGGGUGUGCGGUAAAACCCGGCUCCUGUCCUUGAGCACCGCGGUGAUGCAGCCGGAUAAAGCUCCUCUUGGUGAAGGAGGUCAGGUCUCCGUGCCGCGUCGGUGCCUCGCCGCUGCCCAGUGAGAGGCACGUCCGUGCUCUGCCGGCUUCUUCCAGUUAAGUUUGUUGUAAGAGACAGCUGCACCUCCUCUGUAUGCCAGGAACACGCCCACCUACAGCGUAUGCAGGAGCUGCGUAUGCUCCCGCACAGCACAUAGGAGCUAUCUAGGAUUCAGCAUUUUUAAUAAAAUUGGAGAGCUACUGAAGAGUGCCCUGCAAAGGGCCACUAAGGUGAUGAUGAGACUGGAGCAUGUCUUUUGUGGGGAAAAGCUGAGAGAGCUGGGACUGUCCAGCCUGGAGAAGAGCAGGCUCAGGAAAAUCUCAACGUGUGUGAAAACCUGAAGAGAGGGUGUGCAGUGGACAGAGCCAGGUUCUGUCACGGCGCAAUUGCCUCGGGUCCUGCCGUGGUGCCCAGUGCCAGGACCACAGACAUGACACAAACUGCAACACGGGAUGUUCACUCUGAGCAUCAGGAAACACUCGUUCACUGUCUGGGUGACCAAGAGUUGGCAUGGGGCCCCAGGGAGGUUGUGGAGUUUGCAUCCUUGGUGAUGCCCAAAACUCAUCUGGACACGGUCCUGGGCAACUGGCUCUAGGUGGUCCUACUUGAGCUGGGGGCUUCAAACAUGAACUGCAGUGGUCAGCUCAGCCAUUCCGUGAUUUUGUAAAAUUAUGUCACCGUCAUCCAAGUAGAAAUGAAGUAUUUGCAAGCAGCGUUUAUUGUAGAUCCUGAAAGGUGGUGAAAUUUACCUGUUUGGCUGGCAGCGUCUCUUCUGAAACCCCUGAUUAAUUGCCUUUCAAGUGACAUUGUUAAAGACAAUAGGGCAGACUUGUUCUCUCCUUAAACUACAUAUAAAUGAAGAAUAAACACAAUUUAACCUGAAAUAAAAGCAGUGUGCCUGAAUUCACAAAAUCCAAAGGGACCUGCCUCCACAUGCCCUUUCCCUGCUCCAAGUUCCCUGGUGCAGCUGUUCCCCAUGUAUUGUCUGCAGCUGUUUGGCACUGGCACCAGCCCAGCCUUGGCAUGUCCUGCAUCCCAUCCUUUGCAUUUGCUGCCAGCAGCUUUUUCCUGAGGUAUUGGUUUGCUCUGAAAUAUGGCUGUCAAGUUUCAUUUAAACAAACAAGUAGCAGAAGUGCAUCUGAAGCAGACUCUUCCAGCUUCAUUCAAAAACAAGCUAUUGAUGCAGUGACUGAUAUUAACAUGCUCAGGGUGUUCAAGACUUUUCUUGAGACCACACCACAACUUUUUAUUCAGAUUUACAUCCUCAUGGAACAUGGCAAAACUCAUUUCUAUCAAUAUGCUGCCAUUAUGAUGUCUUUUUGUGGUAUCUCCUUAUCAAUGGUUGAUUAUCAGAUAUCUCUACGAAAAUCUCUGCCUGACAAAGAUGAAUUUCAUGUGCUUUCCAAGUUCAUGUAUCUCCUCUAUAAGUUGCUUACCAUCACUUCUUGGAUACUCAGUAUUUCAUUGAUCACUCUACUAAGUGUCAGAAUUUCUGUAAUUCUGCUGAUAUUUCUUUGGAUCUGUGGCUUCACUUGGACUUUGAAACAGCAUACAACAUUUUGCAAGUCUAAGAAGAUGGAAUAUCUGUACAGAACUGUAGUUGGAAUCAUUCUGAUUUUUUCAUUUUUUAACAUAAAGGGGAGAAGAACAAAAGUUUGCAUUUCUAUUUAUUAUGCUGCUCACACUGUAGUGACUCUAGGUAUUUUGUUUGUAUAUAAGUUCUGGAAACCUUCCAUUAUCAAAGAAGUAUGUUUCACAAUUGUAAGCAUCUUAACUAUUUUGAGCCUGGUGUUAGGUAUCCUUUUUCUUAUUGUUUAUUACAGCCAUCUUCAUCCCACUACUUAUUGGAGACCUCAGGCAUGUUCAGAUGAAGUUGACGGAGUGGCGGGGCAAAAAGAUAGAGUUAAAACUAGUAGAUUUCAGAAUUUCUUAAUGCAAUGAACAUUGCAGGCAUGUUUUUUUCUGUUGUUGUUUUGUUUUGAUUUGGUUAUUUUUGUAGCCUUAAAAGCAAAUUCUUGCUGGACAAUGUGUUUCCCAUCGUUACUUGUGUGUCAUCACUGUGGAGUACAUAGUGGACCAGAGUUGAUGGCUUUGAAAAACUAUUUGUUUUCCACAAUACAAAGACUCUGUAACAUGAACAUAUAUGUGCUGGUGAAAGUUACUUUUGACAAAGAAACAAUUUAAUCUAUUCAUCCAACAUAAAUCACUGUUUUAACUUUUUAACAAUGCAAAUGUAACGUAGG